GUAAAAAAGUGGCGCAUAAAAUAUCGAUACCUUUUUGUUGGAUUUAAUUUGUAUCAAACCUGACAGCCUCAUUCUAAGCAAACAGUAUAUUAAUAUAAAGGACAAACUGAUUGACAUUGACAAUUUUAAACUGCUGAAAAAAAAGAGUUCAUAUUUUGCUGCUAUUUCACGAUAACAAACACCUAAUUUGCAAUAAAAAUGGAAGCACUUCCAAUGGAGUCGAAUCCCGAUACCAUGAACAAGUAUUUACAAAAGUUAGGGGUGCCCGAUAACUGGCGGAUGGUGGACGUUAUAGGGCUAGAAGACGAGGCCCUGGGAUGGGUGCCGCGACCUGUUCUUGCCGUGGUCCUGUUGUUCCCGCUCUCGGAAGCUUACGAAGUGCACCGUACCAUAGAAGAGACCGCAUUGCGAACCACGGAGGAGGAGCCCCCUAAAAAUGUUUUCCACCUUAAACAAGUCCUAAGUAACGUGUGCGGCACAAUUGCGCUCGUACACAGUAUCGCUAACAACGUCAAUAAAAUACAACUUGGUGAUGGACUUCUGAAGAAUUAUAUUAAUGAAGCCCAAGGCCUGAACUCCGCGGCCAAAGGAGAGCUGCUGGAGAAAUCUACUGCGAUCCUCGAGGCAUACAAAGAAUUAGUCCGUAGCUCUAGCCAUGAAGCUGAGCAAACUGAAGAACCUGUGAACUACCACUUCGUCACCUUCAUUCAUAAGGACGGCCAUCUGUACGAGUUGGACGGGCGUAAGGACCGACCUAUCGACCAUGGACCCACCACUGCAGAAGGGCUCCUGGAGGACGCCGCUAAGGUGUGCCGUGAAUUUAUCGAAAGAGAACCCGACAACAUUGGCUUCAAUGUUGUGGCUCUAGUGCCGGCUCAGUAAUAGCACUCAUUUAAAUACCUAUUUCUUUUUCUUCCCUAAUGCAUUAUUAUAAAUUAAACGCGCUUAUUACACGUAUUAUGAUGUGUUUAAA